CUCCCCCCCUCUCGUGCCCGGGCCGGGCGCGCGCUCUCUGACACCCAUGUCCUUAUAAGGGCGGCCGUCGCCCGGGCAACCGUCCUUCUCUCUCUCUCUUUCUCUCUCUGUUUCUCCCCGUUCCCCCCCCCCCCCCCACCCCGUCCCCCUCCUCUUCCGAAUGGAACGUUGUGUGUCAAACCGGCCGCAGCGCGAGAGCUCCGAGGAGCAGCAGCAGCAGCAGCGGCGGCGGCGGCAGCGACGGCGGCAGCAGUCUUAACAGCCCGGGCGGCGGUGGCCGCUACAGGAGCUGAGCCGCGCCGGCUGCAGCCCAAGGCAGACCCUCGGGGCCGAGGACUGCGGCUGGGGCAGCUCUAGCUGCGCGGUGAGGGCCGGCCCUGCCGAGGGCGGGGGCCGAGGCCGGACCCAGGCCGCUGAGCGCCACUCUCGACUGCCCCUCCCUUAGCGGAGCCGGAGCUCGGCGGAGGCGGAGGCGGAGGCAGGAGGAGGAGGCGGAGGCGGAGGAAGAGGAGGAGGAGGAGGAGGAGGGAGGGGCGCCCUCCUGCUCGCCUGCCGGGGCUCGGGAACUUGCAGCGCCUCAAGUUGCAGCCAAACUUUCCUUGUCGCCGAGCUCGAGCACCCGGAGGAGGCGGAGGCACCGCGGAGGCCCAGCCCCGCUAAGUUUGCCCCCGGCUCGGAGAGGAGAGGAGAGCGCCCGGGGCCGAAGCUUUCCGAGGGCCAGAGCGGCGGCGGCCGCAGGAGGAGCAGCAGCAGCGGCAGCAGCAGCAGCAGGAGAAGGGAGGAGGAGGUGGAGGAAGAGGAGGGAGGAGACGGACGGCCCGCCCGGAGGCCAGGCCCCGAAGUUUCCCCGGCGCGGGGGGGAGGAGGAGGAGGAGGAGGAGCUCGGAGGAAGGCGGAGAGGCCUGCGUGGGCCAGAAGCGAGCAGCCCUAGUCUCCGGAGUGGCACGAGUGGGGGCUGAGCCCCGAAGUUUCCCGGCGCUGAAAGGAGGAGGAGGAGCUGAGAGGAAGGUGCAGGCGCUUGGGACUACGGGUCGGGGAGGUGCCUCUGUAGCUGCCCCUGCUGCUUCUGCCGCUGGCGUGAUGUCCCGGGGCCGGCCUGCUCUGGCCGCCGUAGCGGGGCCGCUGGGCCGGGGGACGGGUCGCACGCACUGCUAGUCCCGGCUCCAGCUCCGACCCCGCCGCUUGGGAAGGUGGUGCCGCCGCAGCCGCUGCUCGCCCCCCCCCCCUUUUUUUUUCCUCCGGGAGCCCUUGCCGGCUCGGGAACCGGCCCGACCAGUUCUGCCUUCAGCCGGGACCCGCGGAAAGUUGUUGCCAAACUUUGCCUGUCUCCGGGCCCGCCGCAGGGCCCCCAGCGCCCCGGCCGGCCCCGCCCCGCUCCGCGCCCCGGGAGCGGCGGCUGUUUCGGGGGCGCAGCCUGAUGCUCUUCGGGGGCGCCCCCCAGCGCCGGGCUCGCGCCUCCUGCUAGCUCCCCGCCUCCCCUUCUCCCGCACCCCCGAGCCCGGGACCCUCCUCUCCCCUCCCUGGAGGGGAGAAUGGCUAUGGUGACCGGCGGCUGGGGCGGCCCCAACGGGGACACGAACGGAGUGGAGAAGGGCGGCUACCCCCGCACGUCGGAAGAGGACUCGGCCUCGCCCCAGGGCGGCGGCAGCGACCCGGAGCCGGGCGACGAAGACAAGCCCGGGCUCCAGGUGGACUGCGUGGUCUGCGGGGACAAGUCCAGCGGCAAACAUUACGGCGUCUUCACCUGCGAGGGCUGUAAGAGUUUUUUCAAGCGGAGCAUCCGGCGGAACCUCAGCUACACCUGCAGGUCCAACCGAGACUGCCAGAUCGACCAGCACCACCGGAACCAGUGCCAGUACUGCCGUUUAAAAAAGUGCUUUCGGGUCGGCAUGAGAAAGGAAGCGGUACAGCGGGGCCGGAUCCCCCACACGCACUCGGGGGGCAGCCCCACAACCCUGGCCGGAGGUGGGGGUGGGGAGUACUUCAACGGGCAGCCGGUGUCGGAGCUGAUCUCUCAGCUGCUGCGGGCGGAGCCAUACCCCGCAGCCCGCUAUGGCUCCCAGUACGCCCAGCAGCAGGGCAGCGUCAUGGGCAUCGACAACAUCUGUGAGCUGGCCGCCCGCCUCCUCUUCAGCACCGUGGAGUGGGCCCGGAACAUCCCCUUCUUCCCCGAGCUGCCCGUGGCCGACCAGGUGGCCCUGCUGAGGCUCAGCUGGAGUGAGCUCUUCGUCCUCAAUGCCGCCCAGUCCGCCCUGCCCCUGCACAUGGCUCCCUUGCUGGCUGCCGCAGGCUUCCACGCAGCACCCAUGGCCGCGGACCGCGUGGUCUCCUUCAUGGACCAGAUCCGGGUCUUUCAGGAGCAGGUGGACAAGCUCAACCGGCUGCAGGUGGACUCUGCGGAGUACAGCUGUCUCAAGGCCAUCGCCCUCUUCACGCCAGAUGCCUGUGGCCUCUCGGACCCGGCACAUGUGGAGAGCCUGCAGGAGAAGGCCCAGGUGGCCCUGACGGAGUACGUGCGCGCCCAGUACCCCUCGCAGCCGCAGCGGUUCGGCCGCCUGCUCCUCCGGCUGCCCGCCCUGAGGGCCGUGCCCGCCGCCCUCAUCUCCCAGCUCUUCUUCAUGCGCCUUGUGGGCAAGACGCCCAUUGAGACGCUCAUCCGGGACAUGCUGCUGUCUGGCAGCACUUUCAACUGGCCCUACGCCGCUGGGCAGUAGGGGGCCGGCCAGGCCGAACCCCAGGCCCCUCGUCUGUCGGGGGGACCGCGGCCUCUGCCCUUCGCAUGUUGGGACCAGCGCAGAGGGCCGGGCUCCCUCCUCGGGCGGGGGCCGGAUGGACCUUUAGGACUCGGUUAUUUUUUAGAAGGCAAAUGAAAUCACUUUGCCCUUUUUGUUUGUUCGUUUUUUUUUUUUUGUUUUUUUUUUUUUUUAAAUGACAACAUAAAACCAAAAAGACCCUCCCUCCCCUCCCGCCGGGACUCCGGCGGCACAGAUGCUCUCCCCGCCCGUCAGUGCCCAGGAGCCAGCGCGCCUGUGAAGCCUCCCGGGGGAGGGAAGCCCGCCGGGCGGCGGCCCAGCCCGCCUCCUCUCACCCCUUCCUUGUCUCCCCAGAUGCAUGUCCUGGGCCCUAUCCCAGAGCUACCGAGGCUGGAGAGAAGGUGCCGGCGCAGGGAGGCCGGCUUCUCCUGGCAGACCCCAGGGGCUGAGGCAAGGGGGCAGCGGGGGCCGGACUUGCCCUGCCUCCUUGGUCCUUCUGCUCCCAGGCUGGGGGGCGGCAAGGAGAGGGAAGGUGGGAGUGGCCCGGCCAGGGGGACACGAGUAUGUAUAAUUUAGAUUGAUUCUCUAAAAAUAUAAUCCUCGCUGGACACUACAAAAUGAAUGACCUAAAGCCAAUAAAGAUGUUUCUUACCACA